CUUGAUAAUAAUAAUGGACUUCAAUAGCAACCGAACUGACACCUAGGUUUGAGUCCCCCAGCUGAUACCAACAGGCUAGUGAAUCCAACCAAGCUGUUUGUUGCUUACCAGGCAUGACUCUCACCGGUCUCAUUGGGAUAAUUAAUGCUAGCUCUACCUACCUGGUGAGAGAGUUGUGAGAAUCCAGUAUUCAAAGAUGUGAAGGUGUGUUCUAACACACUCUAAGAACAUAAGAAAAUAUAGUGAUUUGUUAGACGUAUGGAAAUGAUUGCUGAAUCAUAUCACCCAAAGAUACAGCGACUUUAAAGCUUUGAUAAUGAAAGCUAGAGGUGACUCAGUGCAUUUGAUACUGAAGAGGAAAGAGGAAACACACAGAAGGAAUUUCCUUAAGAAACCAAAGGAAGUGAUUGGAAGGCUUGGGAAGCUAAGAAUCCUCUGGUCUAAGUCAAGUCCCUGCUCCUGGUGAUGUUGGGGCUCACCUUCCUGAGGGAGGUCGCAGCUUGGAAAAACCCCAAAGCAGGGGAUGCCGCCCUGUGCCCUCCUCUGGAGGGUAACAGUGUGAGGGUUGACAUCCGCAUCCUCAGGCAAAACCGGGGUAUUUCCAUCUCAAAUUUCCAGAACCGCUCCAUCUCCCCCUGGGACUACAACAUCACCCAGGACCCCCACCGGUUCCCCUCGGAGAUUGCGGAGGCCCAGUGCCGGUACUCGGGCUGCAUCAAUGCCGAGGGGCAGGAAGACAGCUCCCUGAAUUCAGUUCCCAUCCAGCAGGAGUUCCUGGUCCUGCGGAGGGAGCCCCAGGGCUGCUCUCGCUCCUUCCGGCUGGAGAAAGUGCUGGUGACGGUGGGCUGCACCUGCGUCACCCCCAUCGUGCGCUCUCUGAGCGCCUGAACGGCUGCCGGCUGAAGCAGCCCUGAAAUGCUAGUCCUUACCCAGCGCCCUGCAGCAAGUCCUCUGUGGUCCCAAUCCUCUCCACUUCAUCGGCCUCUAGAUAAGACCUGCGCGGAGUUCUCAAAGCUCUGUCUUACAUGUAGUGUCAACUUUCUGGGGCGCUUCCGAAUCAUAAUCAGGUCCUGAGCUGUUCCGCGGUCCCAACCCCUUGCAAACGGAUGCAGGAGAAAGAAGGCGCGUCUUGUUUGUGCGUCAUAGCCCUGCCCUCACUGAGACGGGGUGCCGUUCCCCAGGGAAUUCUGUUGGUAAAUUCUGUUCUGUGGGGAUGAAAAUGCAGAAAACGUAACCACAAUAUGCGUGUGUGGGAGGGGCUGUGCGGGGCGGGGUGGCGUGGGAGGGAUGGGGUAAGGAUCUAGCACACAUGUUUAUUAAGAUUUGCUACGUAGAGAGGCUGGCUUCAUGCUCCUAUUUGUAA